AUGGUUAACUUACCUGCAAUAUCUUUAAGAAAUGUACAAGAUGAUGACAGAGAAAGGUUAAGAACAAGAAGUCAUCACGCAUGGGGCAUGAGACUUGGACGAAGUAGAGAAGAAAUGAAACGGCAUAGCGAACCCACUGGAUUACACCAAUUAGAGAAAUUAGCUCGACGUUCAGUUAGACUUAUGGAAAAACAUGGAACGAAAACACCGAAUAGUUACGUACAUGUUAUGGAUCUACUAAGACAACAAUAUAACAUGAAUUUUAUGAUUCUCUGCGAAAAAUGCAGUGGCCCACAUAAUCAGGACGAGUUAUUAGCCCCCGAGCGUUAG